AUGACCAAUGAAAGCGCCGAUGGCAUAAAUGUCGGCGUUGCCCUUACUACGGCGUUGCUCCUUCCUCGUGAUUUGGAGCGGAAUGCCGGGUAUAGUAAAUAUGAGAACUAUGUCCUAAUGCUCCAACACUCAGUUCAAAAUCGAGAGAAGCUGGUCGACCUGAGGAGGGAGGUUUCUGCCCUUAAAAAGGAUAACAAAACUCUUCUUUCAAAAAUAAAAAAGCUGAAAGACCAGGUUGAGGCUGCCACCAAAGCCCAAACCUUAGCCGAGGAAAAGGCCGAAUCUGCUGAGGCCAUCAAGACAAUUGUUGAAUCUCAAAAAAAAGAGGCCGAGGCGAGAGCGGCCCAGGCCGAGAAGGAACUUCAGGAAGCAUUGGCCACAAAGGAAGCCGAAAUCAAAGAGGCUGAUAAGAAGGCAUAUGCUCAGGGCGUGGUCGACGUCACUGAGGAUUACAAGCUUCAAGUCAGGCAGGCAUGCAACAGGGGAUUUUCCCUUAGUUGGAUGUCCUUGAUAAAAAAACUUGAUCUCCCUGCUGACUCGCCUUUCCGUAAUGCCGAUGCUAUUCCUCUCUCAUUUCCUCCUCUUCCACCUCCAAGUCAGGCCGAAGAAGAAUCUGAGUCUGAGUCUGAAGUCGAGGAUGAGGAUAACAAUGAUGAUGAGGCCUUGGGUGAUGAGGUUGGGGAGGCGCUCAGGGAAGCUGUUACAGGGCAAUUAUCAUCCGACCUUCUCUUAGCUGAAAGAAGUCUUGACAAAACGCUUGCAGAGAUUGAUGCCGAGCUGGCUGCAGAGAAGGCAGCCGAAGUAGUUCCCCAGGAAUCGGCCAAGGUCCAGACCCAAAUCGCUCCUGAAACUGAAGAAUCAUAA